AUGUCAUCCAACCAGUAUACGUUCUACGAUCUUGCGAGCAGGUCGCCCGAUUCGACAUGGACUCCUAACCCCUGGAAGACUCGCCUUGUCUUGAACUUCAAGGGAAUUGACUAUAACACUCGCUGGCUGGAAUACCCCGAGAUCGCACCUGAAUUGGAGAACCACCUUCCACCCAACGAGAAUUUUCCACGCUACACAAUCCCAGCAAUCAUCACACCUGAGGGGAAAUACAUGAUGGAUUCGCGCCCGAUCGCAGAAUACCUCGAAAGCAAACACCCCUCGCCCUCGCUCCACCUAGACUCCAGCAUCGUGGAUCAAGUUGACGCUCUCUGGUGGAAAUACGUGGGCGCUAUUAUGCCUAUAUUCCUGAACCAAGUUCCAAAGCGAAUUCUCAACGACGCCAGCUUGGAACACUGGUACCGGACUCGCAAGGCAUUUGUCGGGAUGAGCGUUGAAGAGUUUGAGGAGACGAAGGGUGGGGAAAAAGCGUGGAAUGAGGCGGAGCCGGUUCUUCGUGAAACUACCGCUUUGCUGAAGCAGAUUGAAGGGCCGUUCUUCUUGGGUGAGACUAUAAGCUAUGCUGAUUUUAUUUGGGGUAGUGUUUUGCUUUUUAGUGAGCGCAUUGGGCCAGAUUUCUUUGAGGAGGCUUUGAAGAGAACUGGUGAUGCACAGGUGCAUCUGGAUCUUUUGAAUGCGGUUCGACCUUGGUCUGUUUGA